AUGAACAGAGUACCUAACGCUGAUAUGCCUACAGAAAAGGACCUGAAGAAAAUAGGUCGUGGUACUAUGGUUGAGAAAAUCGCCAUCGUCGAUGACGUAAAACUAAGCCUGAAGAACAGAACUAGUAGCCCCGAGCUACCCACAUUUCUCAAGCUCCUAAAAGUGUUAAAAAAAGCCGACUUGUUCAAAGGAGAUAUUACUUCGUUGCAGCAAGUUAUAAAAGAUAAUGGCUUUGUUUACAUUGGAGCUGUCUUUUUGGAUGAAACGUGGCUAAAUGCCAACCACACAGUGGGUAAAAGUUGGACCGACGAUACGGCACAAUCGUGUACCAAAGUGCCGGAGGGCAACGGCGAACGCCUUAUUAUUUGUCACCCAGGUACAGCAAGUGGAUUCGUUCCUAAUUGCUUACUAGCUUUCAAGUCAAAAAAAACUACGGAGUAUCACGAGGAGAUGAACUACGAAAAAUUUAAAGAUUGGUUCAUAGGUCUCUUAAAUAAUUUAAAAGAGCCUAUGACUAUAAUCAUGGACAACGCAACCUACCAUUCGGUAAAAAUCAAUAAACCCCCAAACCAAACCAACCGCAAAAACGAGUUGGUGCAGUGGCUGAGUGAAAACGGAGUUACAGCAGAUAUGCAAAUGUUAAAGGCGGAGCUUAUUGACUUGGUCCGGCGUCAUAAGCCAGCAACUCCCACAUAUGCUUUAGACGAGAUGGCAAAAGAAAAAGGUCCUUCGACUACCACCCUACCAUUGCCAUUUACUUUAGGUCACGCCGCAAGAAAUAAUACUUCGCCACCAUUUACGGCAAAUAAGAUGUUGGUAUUAUUAGAAGAGGCCAUCAACAGUAUUCAACCUGAAGACUGGUCCAAGGUCAUGAAUAAGACAAAAAGAGAAAUUAUGUCUGAUUGGGAUCGUGACAUCCAUAAUGACAACAUAAUGGAGUAAUCGUUAAUUAUAUCCGUCACAGAUACAAAAAAUAUAUCUAAUGGACAGCGUACAUAAGUUUCUUGUGGAGCAUCCAAGACCUAACCCAUUUUUCAAUAACAAGCCAGGCAUUGGGUGGUGGAAAGCUUUUUUAAAAAAACACCCUAAGUUAAGCAUCAGGGCUUCUGUAGGUGUGACAAAAGCUAGCUCAUGCGUGUCUGAGAAAAAUAUAAGAGAAUGGGUUAAUGAGAUUCAUGCAUAUGCAAAAAGGAAUGACUGAGGUUCUCAACCAACCAAGUAGAGUUUUUAAUGUAGACGAGACUAAUUUUCCGAUUUGCUUAAGUUCUGGACUUGUUGUGGCUGAGAAAGGAUCUAAAAAUGUUUUUAAUAUUGAACAUAUUAGAAACAUUUAAAAAAAUAUAUUUCUUAUUUACUCUUUGUUCACGCCACUUCAGCUUUCACUGAAAGAGUAUUUUCAGUAAUGAAUCUCAAGAGGCGAGAAGAGAGAAAUAGAGCGUCAAUAACUUUGAUCAAAAACGAAUUCUUUAUUUAUUUCAAUUUAAAUUAUUGUUUAAUUGUCAAACAAGCUUUGAAACAUUUAAAAAUAACAA